CAAUGGUGUACUUCUGCAGAAGAAGGGUCCUCUGGCCAAAGGAGAAGUCACAGAGCAGCUGUCAGGACUUGUGCGGGCUUUAUGGACGUUUGAGUAUACCCCGCAGCAUAGCAGGGAGUUUAAGAAUACUGUGUCAAAAAAAUGCCACCCAGUUCAAAGGGAAUGCUCAGCAUGAUGCUCAGGAGUUUCUGCUGUGGCUGCUGGACAGAGUACACGAGGACCUCAACACCGUCAACCCCAACAUCCGGCCUGCUAUAAAGCCACCUAUUGAAGAAGACGAUCAAAGCAUAGAGGGUCCAUCUCCUCCCCUCUCCGCUGGCUCGUUUGUACAAGAACUGUUUCAGGCUCAGUACAGGUCUUCUCUUACGUGCCCACAUUGCCAGAAGCAGAGCAAUACGUUUGAUCCCUUCCUGUGCAUCUCCUUACCGAUCCCACUGCCACACACACGGCCCCUGUAUGUGACCGUGGUCUAUCAGGGGAAGUACUCUCACUGCAUGAGGAUCGGAGUUGCUGUUCCCCUCAACAGCACUGUCUACCGCCUCAGAGAUGCUGUGGCACGUGAGAUCAAGAUCCCAAUGGACCAGUUUAUUUUGACUGAAAUGUACUAUGAUGGUUUUCAUCGUUCAUUUUGUGAUGAUGAUGAUGAUCUUGACAUCAUUCAAGAGAGUGAUUCCAUAUUUGCCUUCGAGACACCAGAGACCUUCAAACUGGAAAACAUACGCACAAAAAGAGGAAGUCUUCUGGCAAACCUGAAUCAUAACAACUUGAAGUAUGCGACAGAAAUCAGCAGGACUCCAUCUUUCAUGCAAGGGGCCAUGACUCCUUUAACUGCAUCACCUAAUAAAAACCUGGGACCAGAAAAGAUUAUCCUUCUGGUGUGUAACAGGGCUUGUACCGGCCACCAAGGAAAGAGGUUCGGACUGCCUUUUGUACUGUACAUGGAGUGCACUGUGACCUGGGAUGCUCUACAGAAAGAGAUCCUGGAGAAAAUGCGUCAUCUUUUGAGGCCAGGGGUAUACAUUCAGGUUGGACCUUUCAGUCUUCGGGUGGUUGGCGUCGUUGGUAUCACCUACCUCCUUCCUCAAGAUGAGCGACCACUGUGUCACCCAACUGUGGAAAGAGCAUACAAAUCCUGUGGACAAGGGGGGCCACCACAUGUGAAGAUUGUGGUAGAGUGGGACAAAGAGACCAAGGACUAUCUGUUUGGACACACUGAGGAGGAGUACAUUCCUGAUGCUGAGAGCGUGUAUCUGCACAGGGAACAACAUCAUCAGCCGCAGGCCUGCACUCUUGCUCAGUGCUUUCAGCUCUACACUAAGGAGGAGCAGCUGGCCCCAGACGAUGCCUGGCGCUGUCCCCACUGCAAGCAGCUGCAGCAGGGCCGCAUUAAGCUCAGCCUGUGGACGCUGCCGGAUGUGCUCAUACUGCAUCUCAAAAGGUUCAGACAGGAGGGAGACCGGAGGGUGAAGAUGCAAAACAUGGUGAGGUUCCCGCUGAUGGGCAUGGACAUGGCCCCUCAUGUGGUUAAGAGAAGCCAGAGCAGCUGGAGUUUACCUUCUCAUUGGUCGCCAUGGAGACGUCCAUACGGCCUGGGAAGAAACCCAGAUGACUACCUGUAUGAUCUGUAUGCUGUGUGCAACCACCAUGGAAACAUGCAUGGAGGCCACUACACAGCGUACUGUAAGAACUCCAUCGAUGGUCAGUGGUACUGCUUUGAUGACAGCGAGGUUUCACCAGUAGCUGACGAUGAUGUGUGUCAGCAGUCGGCCUAUAUACUGUUCUACCAGCGGAGGACAGUUAUUCCCUCCUGGUCGGCCAACAGCUCUGUUGCUGGUUCCACUAGUUCGUCCCUCUGUGACCACUGGAUCAACAGGUUACCCGGCAGUAGGCCUGCUAGCUUAGCCUCUGGAGCCUCAUCCAGACGCACCUCUCUGGCAUCACUGGCUGAGUCAGUAGAGUUUCCAGUAGAACGUAAUGAAGAUGAUGGAGGAUUCUCUGUCCGCCCUUUUGUGAGGAGCAUUCAGCGUCAAAGCUUGUCCUCCAGGUCGUCCAUGGCUAGCCCUUUAGCCUUCAGCGACAGCGGGAUAAAGCCUUCUUGGUCUCUCUCUGCCAAUCUGCACAUGAGAUCUAACUCGCCCUCACGUUUCUCCUUCGACUCUCGAUGUUCUCCUCCUCUAGAGAGGAUAGGCGAGGCCUGUGAUGACAAAGUUUCCACGUCCUGUUUUGGCAGCUACAGUAGACAUGAACGCUACUUUGGCAGCAGAACUCCCCUGUCUAUGAUGGAGAGCAACGUCAGUGACCAGGACAACAAUAAAAGGUUCCUAGACAUGAUCUACUGCAGGGCUCCCACUCCAGUGGAAAAGAAGAGCACCAAAAAUGAGGCAACUGAAAACAACAACCAGAUUACAGCUAUAGACCAAAACAUUCUACCCGCCCAAGCUACCCCCUCCAAAGAACAGAAACGUAAGAGUAGUAUCGGAGGAUUCGCUUUAAAGGCAGAAAGCACAGGCUCCGCAAAGAGUUCCGGCAAAGUGGAGCAAGAGAAAACGUCCAAAAAACGUUUGUGCUCAACCCAUAAGACCUGCACUGCUGAGACGUCUUCCAGUACACCUGUGAAAGGCAAAAAGGCGAGCAAUACUAAAGAAAAGAGUGUAAAUGCCAAGAAAAGCACCUCAACACCCGGUGUAACUUCCUCCAAAACAAAGGAGGCAAGUCAACCCCUAGAUGCGACGCUGCAACGUAAGCCAUUCGUCCACUCCACACCUCAGUCCUCAGCUUCUCCCUCGCCAACUACAAAGAAGAAUUCCAGUGUCACUGAGAAAAGCACCACGAGUAGUCGGAAAAGGCUGGUAGAAAGGAGCUACAGCAGAGAUUCUAUGCACACUAGUCCCCUGGUUGACAGUCUCCGCGGCAGCUUGGUAGCGCGCUCUUCGCUGUCUAAGAGUGGGGAAAGCAGCCGGCCUGUGAGGAGCUCCAGCAGCAGCUCUUCUGUCACUAGCCUGCGCUCACCCAGCGUAUCCACCAGAGACCUGCAGCGCAGCAGCAAAUCUGAGGAAAAAGGGUUGUCUUUCUUCAAGAGUGCCCUCCGACAAAGGGAAAGCCGCCGGUCGGCUGAUUUAGGAAAAAGCUCCCUGCUUGCCAAAAAGGCCUCAGAGAGGACAUGCAAGCAGAAUGGACAAGCCAAGGACAUCGGUGGUGAUACUGGAAAGGCAGGAGAAGCUGUGUCUUCAAAGACUGAAUCUGUAGAGACUCGUGGAGGUGAGACAAAGUCCGAGACAAAGGAGUCUUCCAAGCCCCCCAGCUCUCUCAGUCGCACUCUAUUAAACGUUGGCAAGUCCAAGUCUUCCACUUCUGAAGUAAGUCUCAAGUCUCCCUCUAACGGGAAGAAGCCUCUUGAAAGGAUGGCAUCUUCCCGAAAGCUUUCCUCAAGCAUGCAAUCUCCUGCACGUACAACAAAGAGGCCUCAAUGAUAUAUCCAUAGCAGUAACAUUGAAUUUACAUAAUGCAGCUAUUUUCUUUGUGCCUAAUCUUCAGCGAGCACCAGACGUAUUUGCAAAGAGACACAUUUUUGAUGUUAUGGUUUUGCACACUGACAUCAGAUACAUACUGUAUUCUGGCUUUGAGGUUUGAAUAUUGGCAGCCAGCCUUGAGUAUUUUUUGCUGUACUGGAUAAAAAGUAAAGUACUGUACAUCAUCUGCAUAUUUGUGUGCCAAACAGUCGCUUGGUAUGCCGGCAGUUCUAAAUUUUAAAGCGGUGUGUAUUGUUACCAGUUACACCUAUUGAGCAUUAGGUAUGGUCUUGAUGCGAGCGUGACAAUCGCUUGACACAUGAGAUGUUUUCUGGCAUGGAAGGUACAUGAGCAGCAUGCCAUACACAUUCAGCUGUGCAGCAUAACCUGCUUGAUUGUGUAUACUGAAGGCUUAUAUGACAGCUGACAGAAUUCCCUGUUGCAAUCUUGAAAUCCAAUUAACUCUCCUUCAGACAAGAAGCUUGUUAUAUCUUUGAAGCGCUGCAAACAUUACAUUUAGUUUGCUUGUAAAAUAUCCUGCUGAUGAAACCAUAUUUAAAAUGCAGCAGCUUGUGCAUUAGAAGAAAGUAAUCGCGUGUGAAGCAUUUUCACCUUGUAUGCACCUACGAUGCAUAAUCUGUAUUGUAGAAUAACAUUAUUUAGAUUAAGAUGGAAAUAAGAUGACUUUUGAUGCAUUAACCUCACUGCUGUUGUAUAAGCAUUUAAUUCUCAACAGUAGGGAGAACAGAACCGUAACAUCAAAAAAAGUCUCUGGACAAACACUGAAACGGAGUUGAUACUCUCACCUAUACGCACACACAUACAAAAGAGUUUCAUUCGGAAAUAAUAGUGGCUAAGUGUUCGCCGUAGUUCUCCUUGAUUGUUUUUAGCCGAUCAAUCAGAUCAGAUGAUUUUAAACCCCCCUUGAUUAUGAACAUUAAAAUCAUAGACCUACAGAGGUGAUGGCAGGCCCUGGACCAAAACGGAGAAGGAUUUGAGAUGAGAAGGAAUUAGAAUCGGUACACACAUUGAGACAAGUUGUCAAAUAUUUUAAAAGUUUAUUUUUGUUUAAUACUAGUACUUUUUUGAUAGAAAUAUAUUUUAUCAAAUGCAUAUGGAAGUUGUGUUUUGGAAUGAAACCCUUUUAAAAUGAAAGAAUACAAAUACACACACAGAGUCCGUAGAGAUAUUGAAAAAGUAUAUAGUAUAUAACCCAUUUUUUUUCCCUUUCCAUGAGAAAAUGAUCUAAAGCGCCUUUCAAUAGUGUACAUGGAAACAAAUAAUUGCCUUUGGCAACAUAGUAGUCAACUACUGUAUGCAUCACUGAGUAGGAAUGUUGUAUUGUUCGCACUUUGUAUAGAUAAGUAGUUUUCUUUUACCCAGAACAGUCAUAUCUACACACACACACACACACACACACACACACACACACACACACACACACACACACAAUGUAAUUAUCUCAUUUUUAAUAUGUUGUCAUGAUUUUAAGAUAUAUCAUAAAGUAGUGUCAACAGGCCUUAGACUUCAAAUGGUAAAAGGGUACAUUCAUUUCAAUGUUUCAGGGUUCAUUUUAAAGAAAUCACCUCUUUACUACACCUGGUGCUGAAACAGACCGAUGGUCUUCUGACACUGAUAUUUCUUAAAUGAGCAUAUUUUCAAUUUCCGAUGUUCAGGACUGUGACCACACACUUCAGUGAGCCAGAAACCUGUUUGCAGCAGUUAUCAUGACUGCGGUACCUCAUUGCAGAAGACAAUGUAAUUUUUCUGUCUUCAUCAGGCUGAAACAGAGUAUUGAUUAGUGAACCAAUUAAUAAAUAAUAGAACUCCAUUUAUACCGUCUCAGAGCAGUUGUGCAAAUAGGCUGAGUUUUCUCAACUAUCAGACACUGCCUGGUAUAUUUCUUUUGCAGUACAAUGAGGCAGAGGCAGGAUAUUGGUACUGCAGCUGUCAUGUUUUCUCGGCCUCUCUUUGAACAGUCAGCAUUAUCCGUGAAUUACCCCACAUGCUGUUGCAAUACUCAUAAAUUAGAUACCAGCGUUAGUGUGUUUUUAAUGAUUGAAUGUGUUUAUGCCAUUAAACUCCAACCAUUAGUAAGUUUAUACUUUAAACAUAAUCUGACUUAUAGAUCUAUAGUAUUUCACUUAACUGUUUCUCUGUAGCAUCUACCAAGUUUACAUUGGUUCUCAGAUGGUUUCAUAAGAAAUACCACUCAAUUUAAACAUGCAUGUAUGUUAUUUAAAUGGCCUGUGCAUGGUUUGAGCAAAUGAGCAGCCUUAAUGGGCUUGGCUUAGAAUUUGUGGAAGUUGUUUUGGGUCAGAGAGGCUUUGUUUUUGGAGUAAACAGUCCAAACUCAUUUUCACAACAAGCUGUUCACGAGGGCACUUUUGGCAGGUAAAAGUGAUAUUUACAGUGACACUACUUCUACCCAUCGAUGUUUUAUUUUUAUUUACCAGCGAUUCGUUGAGAAUAAUAAUUGGGCCACAGAAAUAACAAAACCCACAGCAUGACUGAACAUAGUGUGAAGUUGAUGUGCUGCAGACCUGUGAUAUUGCUGUCUCUGUAUUUAUCACUCUCAAUAGCUGGCCAGCAGCCUAGUCUCCCAAAACCUUGUUGGACCCUUUUAAUGUCCUACCAUUAUAAAAAUAUAUACUGUGUUCAAACUGUCAUGGACUAUAGAAAUAACAUACUGCUGUUUAAAUGUGGUGGUAUUCCUGUAGCUGCUCUUUUCUAAUUAACGUUAGAAUCCAUCAGGAACCUGUGCAUGGCACUUUGGAUCAAAGCAGGACAAUUUUCAUUUUGGCUUUCACCAUCUUGUUUGCCUGUUUUAAAGUCUGUAAUUAAGUUGUAAUGGCUAGUGUGCGUUUUAGAGCUGGAUCAUGCCAUAACACAUACUUGUUUGUCCACUCGCUAAAUAAGUAGUUUAUUGGAUUAUGAAGCCAUUCAUGUAGCCAAGACCCAGUGCAUUAUAGGACUUUUGACCUUUUAUUUUUGUUUUUGGACAUUAUAAACAAGGAUCAGUAGACAAUGUCUGGGAUACUGUAUAUUGCUUAUAAUAUUUAAAUAGGGUUCCAACCAAACUUUUUAUGACGCUAUAGAAGAGUAAUGUUUCUGUACAGAACUUAAAGCUGAACAUAACUCUGAAAGCUGCAGCCUGUUCCCUUGUUUUCCAACCAUUUUUCAUCCAUAAAGAUUGUAUUUAUAGCCACCACAUUGCCUACAUUUGUGUUUAUAACAUGUACAAUUAGAUGAGAUAUGAUGGUUCAUGCAGUAAACUCAUUCAGUAGCAACUACUGUCUAAAUUCGGUAGUAUGUUGCAGAGCUGUUAUAGAAAAUCGUAAUGUAUGAUUUGAAUGUCAACCGUAUCACCUUGGUCCUGUAUUAUGUUACAGGAACCUUCUGACAAACAUGAAACCUUUUAUAAGUUGUUUCCAGUCAUAAAAAAACAAACCCAAAAUUAGUUUUUUAUGCCCUGGUGGUAGAGCAAUAAUCCAAUAAUCAUCUCAUUCACAUAAGGAAGCUGAGGUUUAAAUGACCAAAAAGGCAACAUGUUUGACCUUUAAGAGCUCAAAGUUCAAUUAAAGACCAGACAAGAAGUAUAUAUAUCUCCAAUUAAUCCAAAUACAUAGCUGUUAAAAAAAGAUUUCAAAAAUCAAUGUAAAAUGUACGAGAAAAUGAAUCAUCUUUACAGAAUGGAUUUUCCUCUAGCUUUCUUCACUGCAGUUAUUGUCUGUUUUUUUUAUUUGUUGUCAAUGUACAGAAUUGAGAAUAAUUAAGGAAUGCAGUAUUGCAUGAAAACGCUAAUGCAUGUAUUUCAUUAACUAUGCAAGAGUCUGCAGCUGUGUAAAAUAGAGAGCAGAGCAUGGCUGGUAUAUCCCAUUGCUUUAUUUGCACACCAUUCCAAUAUUUAGAAAUGGUAAAUUACAGACUAUUUCAUCUGUACAGUUAUAAGGAUUCAACUUAAAAGUAUCUGAUUUAUUUUUAGCAUUCUACCAUUUAAUGUUUAUAUAUUUUAAAUAUUUUCUCAGUAUUUUAUUUUGUAAUUCUGCUGAUCUGUGCUCUCUGGGUGCUCUUACCAAACUGGUAGGUUACGACCUUUUUUUAAUUUCUUUUCUUUUCACAAGAUGUUUAAUAUUAACUGUUGUACACCAGCAGAGACAACACUAUGGAUGCGAUAAUCUCUGUGAUUACUAAAUAGCCUCAUGUAUGUAUGUAUGUAUGUGUUGUGAAAAAGUCUUCCAUUGAUUCAGUGAUAACAGUUUGUGAACCCCUGUUGAAAUGUUCUCCGCUGCAUCAUAGAUGUGGCCAGUCUCUAAUAUAAAGGCAACUCAAAUAAUUAAAUUUAAAUAUAUAUAGCUAAAUGCAAAAAGAAAGAUAGUAAAUUUGUAGUUUUAUAUUACAGUAUGAACAAAGACAUUAAAAUGUAAAUUCAGUUAAUACUUUUGUAGUAUUUAUGCAACGUCAAUCAUUGCAAUCAUGGAUGUGAUUUCUAUUGUUUUUGUAUUCGAAACAGGAACAGGAAGUUUAAUAGCAAACAAAUGACAACUUCCAAACAUGUUUUAAAGCAGCACCACUAUUUUUUUGUUCCUGAUAACUGGCGGAUAUGAAACCUAAAGCACUCUAGUUGUUAAAAUGCAUAUAGCAAAAGUUGAUUAAGAUUAGAGACUCCAGCAUUGAGUUAUUGUUGUGACACAGCGGUUUCCUUUUUUUAAGAUGAAACCAUUGAUUAAUGACAUUAUCUGCAACAUUGUUGUGUGAGCAUUUUACCACUGAAUCAAAGUUGCAACAACCACUGAAAGUGAAAUACCCAAAUACUACAUUUGAGCCACAGACUUCAGAUUCUGCAAAUACUGUAGUACUACAGCAAUACAGGGCCGUGUGUUGUCCUUAAUAAUAAAGGACUCAAAAUAAGUAACUUACUUUGUGAGUUUGGGGUAAAAUUGUUUUUGGAUUUUAUUUUUGAGCAGAUAUAUGAGGCUUUUUUUCAGAUGUAAACACUACAAAUAUAAUACUGAAACUUUUCAGAAGCCUUAAGCAAAACAAAUUGUAAUGGAUAGUUUGUAUUUUUUUGGACGAAACCAAUGAGCUGUGUAAUGAAUGAAUGUCAUGAAUCUCAUUUUAAUGUUUUUAAGCUAACAAAGAACACUAUAGUGCUAAAUGCAUAGCACGUUUCCCCUUGCUUUUUGACUUUUAUGAUGUCUAAUGUAUCAAUCAUAAAGCAUUUUGUAAAAUACAGUGCAUUGCAUUUGUGGAGCUUUUUCCACUUAAUGUUUUUUUUUUUUUUUACUGUAUUCCUUGUUUUACCAAGUUCAUGAGGCUCUUUGUUCUGUUUUGAGGGCCUCUGUUCCACCAUUUGCUUCUCCACUUUUCCUUAUUGUAUUUUUUGUAAGAGUUUUAAGUGUUUUGAAAUCCAGUAGUUCAUUAGACUGUGUCAAAGUCUUCUAUGUUAAUUUAUUUCUCUUUUGUUAUCAUAUAUGCACUUUCAAUAAUUAUUAUUUUUUUAAUUUCUCCAAAAGGACAAAUGUGUAUAUACUUUGUUGGUUUACCCAUGCAAGUACAAAAUGAAAAAUCCUAUUAAAAAUGAUAAAGUUCUA